CCCAAGUCGAUGGGCACAGUGGCUUCGCCUUCCCAUGAUUGCAGCGCUCAGUAUCAUAGUAGAAAAGUUGGAAAUAGUAUGGUAUAAGUCAAGCACGUCUGCAUAGAUGAUGCUUGCUGCACGAGACGCGCGCACGAUGAGUCUCGCCUUCAUACGAUCCCAGCCCGCUCUAUCGGUGAGGAGAGGCAACCCCGAACUCAUAGAUGCUUGUGGCAACCCAGUGGGAAAAUGGAGGCCCUUGAUUGUGGAUAUGGCGCCAUCACUAGCUUGGGGCAAGAUUUACAAAGCUUUGCAAGGAGGAGAGAAGAGUCCUGGCGACUGGGCGCUUGUUAAGCAUGGCCAAGGCACUGGAGAGUGUCAUGGUGCCGAUGAGUGGACCCAAAGCCUCCGCUAUCGCCAUUGUCGUCUCCGGCCGUGGGUUCGCAGGACACGUUACGAACUCCGCGGACCACAUACAGUCGCCAUCAAACCAGCCCUAUUCAUGAGCAUUGCGAAUUCGUACAGAGCGGAUAGACUCCCAGUACAAGCGUGUCGUUGGGGUCGAUCGGGUGUCUGGUACCGACCGUGUCUUCUUUUAAGACGAAGUCGAGGACCCCGAUACGGGGAAGCGCCUGAAGGACGGGAUACCGCUUAUGGUCGCCGGCAGCCCUGAACGCGGAUGCUCAAUGAGUUAGAGCCGCAUGCAUCCUGAUUUCGCCAACUGCGCCGAGGUCACGUUUGUAGCCGAAAAUUAGGAUCGGAGUUCCUACUGCGUACACUUUCUGUGAGCUUACGUCGGACCUACCUCGUGACGAGGGGAUGGGUAUGGGGCUGGGCCUCCCGUUCAUGACGGUAGCUCCGCGGUAGAUUGUCGGGGGUCCCUCCCCACGCGCACAUUGGCAAUCUCUGGCUAGAACCGCCGCAUCAGAAACGAUCGGGGUUUAUGCAGGGUGUAAUUAUCCAGUAGCGUGGUGCGUC